AUGGACAAUUCCCAAAGCUCUGACUUUUUAUCUGAAAGCACUGAUAUAUUUUGUAAUAGUCCUGAAGAUUGUGUGGACACGGCAAGUUAUGAAGCUUUGGUUUUACAAACAAAAUCGGCAUUUUCCAGUAGUAAAACUGAAAUAAAGAAAUCAACUUUUUCUGUUUACUUUUCGAAACUUAUUGAUGACUGCAGUACUUGUGUUUCUCAGAGUUUGGACCUCAUCACACAACUCUUAGCCAACACAAAUAUAAAACAGAAUCAAUUAAAGGAGUAUAUGAAUGAUGCAGUCUGUCUCCUACAACUGCUGUCAGAUCUUAUAAAGCAGGUCAUUGAGACUAUGUCCAUGUCAUGCUGUGCUAUGAAAAGUUUCCCCACUGCUACUGGUCGCAUAAUUUUAUUGGUUUUCACACAUUGUAGGGAUAGUGAAUCCAUCUAUGGCAGUCAGUUAAACUGUGUAGAAAAACAAUUGAAGGAUUUAUUCAGAACUUGCCAUGAACUACAGCUGACAUAUUUAAUGGUUUUUGAGAAACAUUUCAUAUUUGAUUUAACUGAAAGAGAAGAAAGACAAAUACUUAUUGAAGCAUUAGACAUCAACCUGAAGAUAGGUGAAAUAGUUGAGAGUCUUGAUGUGAAGACUAUGGCAGAACAGUGGAAGGCAUACACUGUGAUAUGUGACAAAUAUUCCAACUGUUUGAUGGAUAAGAAGAUCUAUAGUAAUUGCAGCAAGAUACUAACUGCAAUGGUAGCUAAUAAUAUGAAAAUAGCCUUGGAGGAAAAUCAAGAAGAAAAGGUAGUGAUACGGUCCCUGAAAGUAAGCAGUUUCAUGCUAAAGAUACUGUUGAGAGUGUGCAAUACUUUCAGGCAUGCAGUUAUGAAGGAUUAUUCACCUAUUGUUGAACUUUUGCUAUAUAUUCACAUGAACAAUGAGGCUUAUCUGCAAACAAUGCGUGGGAAAUCUGUGCAGUUUGUUACUCUAGUCAACAAUAACGUGACUACUCCAGCGCAGCUACUGCUAGCUGAAUUGAUAAUGGAUGACAAAUUAUUGCAAGCAAUCUAUAACUACAAUGUCAAUGAAAUAAGAAAAGAUGAUAAGCUACUUGGCCUCAUACUUUUAACAUUGUCAGUAAUGAAGAUAGUGGUCCAAAAAAGUGGAGACCAGACCCUUCAAGUUCCAAAACAUAAGCUGGUUAAUCUUGUCUACAAUUUUUUACCUUAUUGUCAUAUCUGGUUCAAUAUUGGACUUAAGUUCAAAUGUGAGAAGGCAAGUCGUCACAUUCAAACAUACGGCUUAUAUGAACACUUACUUACGCAUAUGGUUGCAUUAGCCGCUACCAUGAACAAUGAAGAAAUUAAUUUAUUGGAAAAGAGAAUGCUUGAAGCUCUGCUUAGCACUGAAAGUUACAGUGCUAUGUUUUCUGCUAAUCUAUGGGCGCUGUUGGCCAGGAUGACAAGCAGACAAUACCUAUUAACACAAGUAACAACAUUAUGCAAAAUCUAUCAAAAGUUAGAAAAUAAUCGUCAAUUUGUAGAUUCGCCACAAAAAGUCCACUUGACUCAUACAUUGACGAGGUUAUUUGAAACGAUGCAUAAUGAAGAUAAAAUUAAAGUGUAUCACAUGUUCCCUAUAAAGGAAGAUAGGAAUAUAAGUUUGUGGGUCUGUCUCAAACUGAAUAAUUUGUCCAGUGAUACGCAAAUGGAUAGUGAAAUGGUUGUCAUGGAGAAAUUACAAAUGGAAAUGCAAAGGCUUGCUAGUCAUGAAUAUUGUUCAAGUAUUUACGAAUUGGUUCUGCACACAAUAUCUAGCAUUGUUCAAUCAGGGUGUAAAGAAUUGAAACUGCUAUUGAUUAAUAUUCUAUGCAAAUUAGCUAAUUUCGAAGCGCACGACAUGAAUAAAACUGCCGUAGAUUCAUUACUUACACGAGCAUUUAUUGAUUUAUUGCAAGAGACUGAUGUUAUUGUGAAGAAUAAAUUAUUCAAUAUGAUGAGGAUACAUAGGAGUGUAAGAUUGGAUCAAAUAGUUUGUAAGGUAGUCAAAGAAGAUAAUUUAUUGAGAGAAACUUGGAGCUGCUUUGUAAGACGAGGGAGGAUAAAGAAUGAAGACAUUAAUACGAAGGAACAUUUACUAUUAACGAUGGAUUAUAAAUACUCCCACAAGUGUAUUGAAGACUCUAAUUUGAGGGAUUCCGGCUCCGUGAAAAUGCAGAAGUCGUUAAGCAAUAAUUUCGAUCUUGUUGAUAUGGACUCGCUGUUUGACGCCGAAAGCGACACAGAGCCCGCGUGCAAAAAAGCAAAACUAAACACCAAUGAAGUGGAACAAAUUAUUUGCAGGCUGGAAACAGACGCAUCUCUGCUUUGUAAGAUAAAAGAGAACAUUUUCACUAAUGAGUACUUGAAUAGAAUUAAAAAUGUAUGCAACAAGUUAAACAAUAUACUGGAGUGA